ACCCACAAAUCAACACCCAAACUCCACUCACCCACUUCUCCCACUCCAACCCGCCAUUUUCCAACCUUCCAUGUUUAUUCUGACCCGCUUUCAAACCCUAACUUGCUCACAAUUCAAUCCCAAUCAUUCACUGUUACCUUGUUCAUCACUCACGUCUAUCACCGGUCGUCUAGAUGAAUCUAAGGAAACCCACAAUCCAGUCUUAAUCAUUAUAUAGUACACAUCAUGGACUUUUUCCCACUACCUAGCUAGCUAGUGAAAUAGUACUAUAUAUUAAUGCUUAAUCCCAUAUAUAUAGUAUAAUUAUUUAUUUUUAUAUACAUAUAUAAGGGUGCGUUUGGUUGGUAACAUUUCUCUUAUAUAGUGGUGAAGCUAUGGCUGAGUCUGACAACGAGUCAGGAGGUCAAACGGGUAACGCAAGUGGAAACAGUGAGUUUUCUGGGUGUAGAGAGCAAGAUAGGUUUCUUCCAAUAGCGAACGUGAGUAGGAUCAUGAAGAAAGCGUUACCGGCGAACGCGAAGAUCUCAAAGGAAGCGAAGGAAACGGUGCAAGAGUGUGUAUCAGAGUUCAUAAGCUUCAUCACAGGGGAAGCAUCGGAUAAGUGCCAGAAAGAGAAGAGAAAGACGAUCAACGGUGAUGAUUUGUUGUGGGCCAUGACCACGUUAGGAUUUGAAGAGUAUGUGGAGCCUCUAAAGAUUUAUCUGCACAAGUACAGAGAGAUGGAAGGGGAGAAAACUGCUAUGAUGGGAAGGCCACCAGGGGAUCAAAGAGAUGGGAAUAAUGUUGGUGAGGGUUAUGGUCAUGCUCAUGCUCAUGCCCAUGGGAGUGUGGUGCCAUCUCCUAUGAUGAUGAUGAUGGGGCAUCAGCAUCCGCAUCAGCAUCAGCAUCAGCAUCAGCAUCAGCAUCAGCAUCCGCAUCAAGGACACGUGUAUGGUGGAUCUGGGACUGGAUCUCCUUCUUCUGCAAGAACUAGAUAGCAGGUUAAUUUAUGCCAUCUGUUUUCCAAGGUUUAUCAUAUAUGUUAAUUUAUAUAUUCAUGCAUGUUUGAUUUUAGAAUUUGCUUGAAAUUUCGUUGUUGGGAUAUAUAGACAUGUAGAUAUUAUGGAGGGUGAUUUGGGAUACACACAAAUUUUGUACGUAUUCUUCUCUUUAUAUGAAGGAAGGGUAGGGCUAUGGUUUUGUUUUUUUGGCUGGUUCUAGUAUGGUGGUUUUUUGGUUUACAAUUUUUAAAACAAAAACAAAGUAUAUAAGAAAAAGGAGGAAAAUGUUUUCUUUUUACUUUGAAAAUAUGCUUCUUCAUGACAUAUAAAUUUUAUAUAUAAUUUUU